CUCAAUUCUCCCUCCUAAGGCUAUCUUUAUAAAGACUCUAGUCCCACCAUGGAAGGACACAGACACAAGAGUCCAGAGACCAACAGCAGGAUGGUCAACCCAGUGGUUCUGUUCUGGUGGAGCCUGACCCUGUUCCAGUUGACUACGGGUCUGGUUCAUGGAAACGCCCGUGCUGAUGUCUCUCAUCCCAGCCUGAGAAGGACAGAGGACUCCUUCCUCUUGGAUAUAGGGAAAGACUCUCUGUCCAGAGGGGAUCCUGCUAGCUUUGACUCCGGGUCUGAAGAAGAGCAGCUAAUGAUGGACACAGGGUCAUAUGACGAGGAUGCGGCUGAAGCGGUGCUGCUGCAGAGCAGGGCACAGCGCCCCCCUCGCCGCUGCGUCCCCCACCAGCAGUCCUGCCUGGGCCACCCUCUUCCCUGCUGCGACCCCUGCGACACCUGCUACUGCCGCUUCUUCAAUGCUUUCUGCUACUGCCGCCGGGUCGGCCAGUCCUGUGCCGGCGGGCACGGACGUCCCUAGCGCCGCUCCUUCAACCCCCUCCCCCCCAGCUGCCACCCGUCCCCUUUCCCCCCCUUCCCCGCCUUGCUGUCCCCCGCCGCUGUGUAACGCCGGCCUGUCUGUCUGUCCCCUCUGCCAGGAGGAGGUUGAGGAGGCGCGGCAGCGGACCAGGAGCGUGCGCGCCCUCCGCCGCUGCGUCCCCCACCAGCAGUCCUGCCUGGGCCACCCGCUGCCCUGCUGCGACCCCUGCGACACACGACACCUGCGAAUGUUCGGUUCAGUCUGCUACUGCCGUCGGACGGCCUGUCCUGGCUCCCGACGGCGUCCCUAGCACAAUCCCUCCGUGGGCCCCCCUCUUCCAUGUGCCACCCCCCCCCGCCCAUAUGUCAGGGAGUCCUGAAAAUUGUGAAAGAAUAUGGGUUUUAAAUUCUUUCCCGCAAAUGAAAUAUAUAUAUUUAGUCACAUCAAAGUAUCAGCUAUAACACAAUAUAAAGGAUCAACCAUGUUUAUGUUUCAUUCUUUUAAUUCCACAAACAGGAUUUAUGUAAUUCAAUCACUAUUGAAGGCAUUUCAUCUUUCAAAUGUUUAAAUAAGUAAAUUACAAAUACUACAAAAUAUGUUUUAUUUUAUUUUACAGCAUACUAAAAUGUCCUAGGUCUGAUAAAUAUUUGCAAGUUGUUCUAUGCAGACAAUAAAACAAAAUUUAUAACGCAAACAUAAUCACUUAGGUUUGUCUUGCACAGCAUAUACGUUAAAAUAGCUCGUGAGAAAGUUAGCUAUCAUUGGCCAAGUUGACUAAGAGUAAUUCUUUAAACCAAAGUUAUAGACAUAGUUUUGCAUCUGAAUAUUCUAAGUCAAGUGGAAGAAUUUUGUCAAAUUUGAAUUGAAUUCAAUAUUCAUUCAAUACUAUUGCAUUAAAGUUAUUUUAUAGUGAGUAAAAAACAU